AUUCAGCAUUUGAGUUGUUAAGUUUUUUAUUUCAUAAAAUCUUAAAUACUAAUAUAUAUUAUCUCGAUAGGACAGAUCAUAAAUAAGGCUAAGAGGUUAAAAUUUAGCUGUCAGCAUCGUUUAAAUUCACACAUUUUAGCACAUCACGUACAACUGUAAAAAAUGAGUAAAAGGCGUAAAAAUUAUGAAAAAGAGGAACUUUUGAUACAUUCCAAUAGUGAUGAUCAUCAUGAAUCAAGUAACUUACGAGGAGAUUGGCUUAAUAUUAUUUGUCUAUUCGUUCUCUAUUUGCUGCAAGGAAUCCCCAUCGGAUUAGCAGCUGCAAUACCAAUGUUACUACAAAAUCGAGGCACAAGCUAUAAACAACAAGCAGAAUUCAGCUUUGCCCAUUGGCCUUUCAGUUUAAAAUUAUUAUGGGCUCCUAUUGUAGACUCAUUAUAUAUUACAACUUUUGGAAGAAGAAAAAGUUGGUUGAUCCCAACACAAUAUUUAAUUGGGCUUUCAAUGUUAUUAUUAUCGUAUCAUGUUAAUCAAUGGUUAGGCGGAGAAGACGGGAAGGAACCAAAUGUCACAGUGCUUACAGUACUGUUUUUUGCGAUAAAUUUCUUAGGAGCUACGCAAGAUAUCGCCGUUGAUGGAUGGGCCUUAUCCAUGCUGAAGCCAGAAAAUGUAGGACACGCAUCUACAUGUAAUAGUGUAGGACAGACAGCUGGAUAUUUUUUGGGAUAUGUUGUAUUUAUUGCUUUGGAGUCGACUACAUUUUGUAACACCUACUUAAGGUCAGUACCUUCAAACGAGGGUAUUGUUACUUUAUCUGGAUUUUUGUUCUUUUGGGGCAUCAUCUUCUUGAUAACCACCACACUAGUGGCAUUCCUAAAACACGAAAAGCACCCUUCUGAAGAUCAAUCAUCAGAUCAUCAAGAAUUAAAUAUACGUGAGUCAUACAUGCUACUAUGGAAAAUCAUUAAACUGAGACCAGUACAAAUCUUAGCUGUUAUCUUAUUAACAGUGAAAAUUGCAUUUGCUGCUUUUGAUGCAGUAACCUCUUUGAAAUUGAUAGACGCAGGAGUCCCAAAGACCAAAUUAGCUAUUCUAGUCAUACCACUGGUCCCAUUACAAAUAAUCCUUCCGUUAGUAAUUAGCAAAUAUACCACGGGAAAAAAGCCUCUGAACAUCUAUAUUGCAGCGUACCCUUACCGACUUUGCAUGACAAUCGUGGGAGUUGCAGUGCUAUGGCUUGCACGUCAUAUUAUUGUCGAAAACAGAGUUCCAACUUAUUACUAUAUUCUUUUGCUGGUCAAUUACGGACUUUAUCAAAUCACCUUAUAUAGCAUGUUCGUAGCUGCAAUGGCAUUUUUCGCUAAAAUUAGUGAUCCCAUUGUUGGAGGAACAUAUAUGACUCUUUUGAAUACACUAUGCAAUCUGGGAGGAAAUUGGCCUUCUACACUCAUGUUAUUUAUGACAGACGUACUUAGUUUUUAUCAAUGUAAUAAAAAUGGACCAACAUCAAAUUCUUGCUCAAGCUCACAAGAAAAAGAUGAAUGCAAAAGUUUAGGUGGCUUUUGUGAAAUAACAAUUGAUGGCUAUUAUGUUGAAUGUGUAUUAUGUCUUUUGUUUGGAAUCGCAUGGUAUCGGUGGGGAAAGUCAAAGGUGAAUGAGCUACAAUCAUUACCAUUGAACGCAUGGCGUGUCGUUAAGCAAAACAAUAGUAAAAAACUGCAUUCCAGAUAGCAGUUAACACAAAUCAAAUGUGUUUGACAUAUUUUUAGACGUUUAAAAAAAUGUUCUUCGGCGUAAAAAUAAUAUUUUGAACACUCAUCAUUUGUUGAAUAAAUUUGUAAUUAAAUAAAAUCAAAACAAAAAAUUUUAUG